GGUACGGGCCGGUGGGUGCGGCUGACACAUCAGUGGUGUUCCAGGCGCUGCGCGCGAGCCCAGGAGGCGAGCAGGGACCCGGGCUUUGUGGCCAUCUCUCCGGGUCCCCACGACGCCGAUUUCCGUGCAAGGAUGGCUCGGGGCGAGCGGCGGCGCCGCGGAGCGCCGGCAGACGGAGCGCGGACCGCUGAGAGGGCGGCUCGGGGCGGCCCCGCGCGACGGGAAGGCCGGGGCGGCAGGCCCCGGGGCGCGGCUGCGGGAGCCGCUCUGGCCGUCGUGGUCCUGUCUCUGGCCCUGGGCCUGUCGGGAUGCUGGCUGCUGGCAUGGCACCGUGCGCGGCGGGCUGUCACGCUGCACUCCGCGCCCCCGGCGUUGCCUCCCGACUCUUCCAGCCCCGCCGUGGCCCCGGACCUCUUCUGGGGCACCUACCGUCCUCACGUUUACUUCGGCAUGAAGACCCGCAGUCCGCAGCCCCUCCUCACCGGACUGAUGUGGGCGCAGCAAGGCACCACCCCGGGGACCCCUAAGCUCAGGCACACGUGUGAGCAGGGGGACGGCGUGGGUCCCUAUGGCUGGGAGUUCCACGACGGUCUCUCCUUCGGGCGGCAACACAUCCAGGAUGGGGCCUUAAGGCUCACCACUGAGUUCGUCAAGAGGCCUGGGGGUCAACACGGAGGGAACUGGAGCUGGAGAGUGACUGUAGAGCCUCAGGCCUCAGGUACCUCUGCUCUCCCUUUGGUGUCCUUGUUCUUCUAUGUGGUAACAGAUGGCAAAGAAGUCCUAGUGCCAGAGGUUGGAGCUAAGGGGCAGUUGAAGUUCAUCAGUGGACACACCAGUGAACUUGGUGACUUCCGCUUUACACUUAUGCCACCAACCAGUCCAGGAGAUACAGCCCCCAAGUAUGGCAGCUACAAUGUCUUCUGGUCCUCCAACCCAGGACUUCCCUUGCUGACAGAGAUGGUGAAGAGCCGCCUAAAUAACUGGUUUCAGCAUCGGCCCCCAGGGGCUUCCCCUGAACGCUACCUCGGCUUGCCAGGAUCUCUGAAGUGGGAGGACAGAGGCCCAAGUGGGCAAGGACAGGGACAAGGGCAAUUUUUGAUACAACAGGUGACACUGAAAGUCCCCUUUUCUGUGGAGUUGGUGUUUGAAUCAGGCAGUGCCCAGGCAGGAGGAAGCCAAGCCCUAGAGCAGCUGGCAGGCAGCCUGCUGACCCAGGCCCUGGAAAGCCAUGCUGAAGCCUUUAGAGAGCGCUUUGAGAAGACCUUCCGGCUGAAGGAGAAGGGCCUGAGCCCUGAGGAGCAGGCUUUGGGUCAGGUUGCCCUCAGUGGUCUUCUUGGUGGUAUUGGCUACUUCUAUGGACAGGGUCUGGUGUUGCCAGACAUGGAGGUUGAGGGGUCUAAGCAGAAGGUGGACCCAGUCCUCUUUCCACCUGUUCCUCUUUUCACAGCAGUGCCCUCCCGGUCAUUCUUCCCGCGAGGUUUCCUGUGGGACGAGGGCUUUCACCAGCUGGUGAUCCAACGGUGGGAUCCCCGGCUCACCCGGGAGGCCAUAGGCCACUGGCUGGGGCUGCUAAAUGCUGACGGCUGGAUUGGGCGGGAGCAGGUGCUGGGGGAUGAGGCCAGAGCCCGGGUGCCCUCAGAGUUCCUGGUGCAACGGACAGCCCACGCCAACCCCCCAACUCUGCUUUUGCCUAUAGCCCACAUGCUAGAGGGUGGUGACCCUGCCGACUACGCCUUCCUCCACAGGGCCUUCCCCCGCCUGCGUGCCUGGUUCUCCUGGCUUCAUCAGAGCCAGGCAGGGCCAGUGCCACUGUCUUACCGCUGGCGGGGCCGGGACCCAGCCUUGCCAACCCUACUGAACCCCAAGACGCUGCCUUCAGGGUUGGAUGACUAUCCCCGGGCUUCACACCCUUCAUCCACUGAGCGGCACCUGGACCUGCGGUGCUGGGUGGCACUGGGUGCCCGUGUGCUGAUGCGGCUAGCGGAGCGGCUGGGAGAGGCUGAGGCAGCUGCAGAGCUGGGCCCACUGGCUGCCUCCCUGGAAGCAGAGGAGAGCCUGGAUGAGCUGCAUUGGGCCCCAGAGCUAGGAGUUUUUGCAGACUUUGGGAAUCACACAAAAGCAGUGCAGCUGAAGCCUAGACCCCCUCAGGGCCUGGUGCGAGUGGUGGGCCGGCCCAACCCUCGCUUACAGUAUGUGGAUGCCUUGGGCUAUGUCAGUCUUUUCCCCUUCCUGCUGAGGCUACUGGACCCCAACUCAUCCCGCCUUGGACCCCUGCUGGAUGUUGUAGCUGAUAGCCGCCAGCUCUGGAGCCCCUUUGGUUUGCGCUCCCUUGCAGCAACCAGCCCCUUUUACAGCCAGCGCAAUUCAGAGCAUGAUCCUCCCUACUGGCGAGGUGCUGUGUGGCUCAAUGUCAACUACCUGGCAUUGGGGGCUCUUCACUACUAUGGGCAUCUGAAGGGUCCCUACCAGGCCCGUGCUGCCAAGCUCCACAGAGAGCUCCGUACCAAUCUGGUGAGCAAUGUGAGGCGGCAGUACCAGGCCACGGGCUUCCUGUGGGAGCAAUACAGUGACCAGGAUGGGCGAGGCAUGGGCUGCCGCCCUUUCCAGGGCUGGACCAGCCUUGUCCUACUGGCCAUGGCUGAAGACUAUUGAAGGGGGAACAUGGGAGGGGAGCCAGGCCCCUUAUGCCACUCUGGAGUCGAGGGACAAGGUCUCUCACUUCUGCCCCUAGCCCUCAAGUACCAGUGCUUCAAACCCUCCUCAGCUCAUCUCAGGUGUCUCCUUACUGACAUCCCACAUAGCCCUGGAGUGAAUGUGAAUUCAGAGUCUAUUUUUAUAAAUAAAUGGGAAAGCCAU